UUACUUUAGCCAAAAGCGUAACGUUAGAUUGUAAGUUGGACCUUAGCUAAAUAACUAUAUGUCAUCACUCCAAGGGAGCUACGAAGGAAGAAACGUAGCGAGGGUGAAGUCAUGGCCUGUCCCCGGGUGCCGCUGGAUGAGCAGCAGGUGACCGAGCCUGGCCCGCAGGGAAAAGAGCACACACUUCCUGCUUUGCACCCAGAGAGGAAGGAGGAGCGUUAUUUUCUGCCUUACAAGCCCCCACCAGAAGAUGGCUCUCCUGCUGAGGUGGAGGAGUUUUUGGAACAAGCCAGGUUCAUUACAGAGGACCUGGAGUGGCUGCUUGCACUGCCACAUGAUAGGUUCUGGUGUCAGGUGGUGUUUGAUGAGUCCCUGCAGAGGUGCCUCGAUUCGUACCUGCGUCAUGCUCCUCGGGGCCUUGAUCUUGCUGCCCUGCCUUCCUCCCCAGCCGUGGCCGAUAUGCAGCGCUCCAUCCACAGAGCGGUCUUCUUGACCUUCCUCAGGAUGGCCACACAUAAAGAGUCAAAGGAGAACUUCCUAACACCAGCGGUGUUUGGAGAAAUUAUCUACGAGAACUUCCUAUUUGACAUUCCCAAAAUUUUAGAUCUGUGUGUGCUUUUUGGAAAGGGCAACAACCACCUGCUGCAUAAGAUGAUAGAGAACAUCUUUACCCAGCAGCCAUCUUAUUACAGUGACCUGGAAGAGACGGUGCCCACUGUGCUGCAGGUGUUUGACACCAUCCUGGAAAAGUGUGGUCUCCGGUGUGAAGGAGCUGCCGCCAUGGAGCCGAUGAAGCUGAACGCACACAAACAGCCCACUGCCAUGGCCAUGAGCCAGCAGGAACUUGGAGAUAUAAUUCUGUACCUGUGUGACUCAACUACGACUAUCCAUGCCUUCCUGGACAUCUUUCCUGCCGCCUGCUCCAGUUUCCACUCCCACGACUUUGUCAACAGACUGGCCUCGUUUUAUGAGGCUGCUGUGCCUGACCUCGAGAAGGCGGUUAGGAAGAGAAACUUUGACGAUAAAGGUCUUCAGGAGGACUUGUGGAAGAGGUUGUCCCACUCCUGUCGUAAGAUGGUGGAGACAUCUCACCUGCUGCUGCAUCACACCUGCCUGCAGCCAAUUCUGGAUGGAAGAGAAAACAUGCAAACAUUUGCAGAAGAACUCUUACAACAUUUCACGUCUUUUUUACCUGAGAAAAGGUUCUUGUCAGACUACGAUGAGCUGUUCCCCAUUGCAGAUGACAUAGGCCUCCUACAACAGGCACUCCCAGUCAUUGAUGAGACCAGGACGUGUUACCUGAUUCAGGGGGUGGAAAGUGCCUGGGACAGCGUGGGACGACAAAAACCACAGAACCAGAGUCGGUCUAAAGCCUUUUCAUUGUCGUCAUCUAAUCAGGAAGCAGUGGGCCCUGCUGCCUCUUCAGCUGGCUUCAAACCUCAGGAGGUCCGAGAACCAGGAGAUGGAGGAGACGGUGUGAAGGGAGCAGAGGCCAUGCUGGAUGCUCCCUGUAAAGGAAACAAUGGUGAGGUCUGUUCUGUGAGCGAAGUGGAGCUGGAGUCUCUGCUGUCGUGUAUCAGGGAUCUGCUGCCUGAUCUGGGAGAAGGCUUCCUGCUGGCCUGCCUGAAAGAGUACAACUACAACUCUGAGCUGGUCAUCAACAACAUCCUGGAGGACCGGUUAGCCCCCAGCCUGGACAAACUGGACCGUGCCAUGCCAAGGCCAGUGAAGGAGGAGCUUCGAAGUGUCCUGAGCAGCAGAUCCAACGUCUUUGACGAUGAUGAGUUUGACGUCUUCCGCAGGGACCAGGUGGACAUGUCUCGCAUCUGGAGGGGCAGGAGGAAAGGUGAGGGCGCUCGAGAGAUGCUCAAUGACAAGCAGCACAUAGCGGAGCAGAGGGCUCGUUACCAGGCCUAUGAGACGGUGGUGGAUGAAGUCGUCAUUGAACCUGGUGAAGCCGCAGCCACCUAUGGCCUGGACGACUACGAUGACGAGUACGAUGACACCUAUGACAUGAACCAAGUGGGAGUCAAUGACCUGGACAGAGACAGUUUGCUCAAUAGAAGGCCCUUCACAGUCCCACAGGUGCUGAGAAAAGAAAACAAACCUGAGGAUGAGGAGGAGAGCGAAGAGGAGGAAGAGACUUUACAGAAGAAUGUAAACAGGGACCAGUUUGUGCAGGACCCGGCUGUGCUGCGGGAGAGGGCUGAAGCCAGAAGAGCUGCCAUGCAGCAAAGGAAAGGCUUCCGUCCGGAGCGUUCCACUAAUGUUGUUGGCCGACCCAAAGGCCAAGGACAAACCACAGAGACAUCAUCGGACCGACGCAAGAAGGAAGCCAACAAGAACCGUGUGGCAAACCACAACCGCCGCACCAUGGCCGACCGCAAGAGGAACAAAGGCAUGAUCCCCUCCUGACUUGUGAGUGAGGGGAAGAGGAAUCGGUUGUUGUCGGGUCUGUGGCUUUAAUCAUGCACCAGCCCUGAAGUCAGUCUUUGCUUGAGAAGGAAAGGCCACUGAAGGUUUUCAGUUGCUAAAGAGUUGCCAUUAGUUUAGAGUGUUUUCACUUUAUCAGUAGCUGCCAAGCAGCUCACUGAAACGUUUGACACUGAACAUCUACCUUUAGUGUUUGAGCCUGAAGGACAGUCAGUUCUUUGCCCCAAAUCAUUUUCUUUUAUAGCUCAUUAAAAACCAAAGUUCAGAGUGAGAGCUGAGGACAAAGAAUAAGACUUUUCUUUGUGCCAAGUAACAAACCACUUUAUUAUUAAGAUCCAGAAUGUUGGAAAGGGGUUUCUUUGACAUCAUCAAGCAGACAACAUAGGAUUAAAAAGGAAGCGGGUUUUAGAGAGACCGCAGUUCCUUCUGUAACUGGAAGAACAAUUACUGACCUGGUGAUCAAGUCUGGACACACUGUUGCUUAAACAAGAUGAGUAGAAAGAGCAUUAUAUGUAAAACCUGCUUGCAUGUAACGUUACAGUGCAUGCGAUUCCAUCCACUUUUGUCCAGCCUUCUCUAAAACAAAUCUAGAAAAAGAAUCCGCUCUGACCUUAUGAUGCUGUCGUGUUUCGGUCUGUAAACUUGUGCUGUACAGAGGAUGAACUGUAGGUUUCCAUGCACAGACUAUUUUCUAUAAAGAGCUUAUCUGCAUUUUGUAACAAAAAAGCCUACAUGUAAUUGAGUUAACAUUGCACAAAACAAAUAAAUAGAAUACUAUAUUUGA